CAACCUCCCAUCAGCUGUUUUUGUUUUGCAGUGAGAAUAUUGAAAGUUAAUAACACAAUAAUAACACCGCGCGCUGAGCGGAGGAGGCAGCUCGGUGAGGAGGGGUUGUGUUCGGGUCUUUUGUUGGGCUCUGUGUGUGUGUGUUUGUGUGUUUGUGUGUGAGAUGUGUACCACCUGAACCGGACAUUCCUCUCCCCGGAGAAGAGUGUGAGCGUGGCGCUUGGAGAACCAGAGGAAGGGGGGGGGAACCGGGGAUCGACCCGAGCCCAAAGGCCUCCGACCUCGGCCGGCGAGACGGGCAGCGAGCUCGGCGGCUCUUAUGGAGACCGAGGACCGGAUGGAGACUCCGGACCGGCUGGAGACCCGGGACCGGAUGGAGACCCAGGACCUGCCGGAGGGCCCCGCGGCGGACCGAGGCUUCAUCUGCGCCUCCUUCAACCAGGACACCACUUCUCUGUCAGUGGGCACCAAGACGGGCUACCACCUCUUCUCAGUCACUGCUGUGGACAAACUAGAUUGCAUCCAUGAGGGAGUCGAAUGUUCGGACGUGUUUAUAGUGGAGCGGCUGUUUUCCAGCAGUCUGGUGGUGGUGGUCAGCCUGUCCUUGCCGCGGCGAAUGAACGUCUACCACUUCAAGAAGGGUACAGAGAUAUGCAACUACAGCUACUCCAACGACAUCCUGUCCGUCAGGCUCAACAGACAGCGGCUGGUGGUGUGCCUGGAGGAAUCCAUCUUCAUCCACAAUAUCAAAGACAUGAAACUACUCAAGACCCUGCUCAACACGCCCACCAACCCCUCAGGUCUCUGCGCUCUUUCCGUCAACCACAGUAACUCCUACCUGGCGUACCCUGGCAGUGCCACCAAUGGGGAGAUCACGAUCUAUGAUGCCAACAACCUGAGCACUGUGACGCUGAUUCAGGCCCACGACAGUCCAUUGGCCGCCCUCACCUUCAACCCCUCUGGCACCAAACUGGCCAGCGCCUCAGAGAAGGGUACUGUUAUUAGAGUCUUUGGCAUUCCUGAAGGACAGAGACUGUAUGAAUUCCGGCGAGGGAUGAAGAGGUAUGUCAGUAUCAGUUCCUUGUCCUUCAGUGCCGAUGCCCAGUUCUUGUGCGCCUCCAGCAACACUGAGACGGUCCAUAUCUUUAAACUGGAGCAGCACAGCCCGAGUCAAGAUGAGGAGUCUCCUACAUGGUCAGCGUAUGUGGGAAAAAUGUUCACGGCAGCCAGCACCUAUUUGCCCGCUCAGGUGUCCGACAUGAUGCAUCAGGACAGAGCCUUUGCGACUGUGCGACUCAACAUGUUCGGCCUAAAGAACAUCUGCGCCCUGGCCACGAUUCAGAAGCUCCCUCGCCUGCUGGUGGCGUCCUCGGACGGAUUUCUCUACAUCUAUAAUGUGGAUCCACAGGACGGAGGCGAGUGUGUCCUUGUCCAAAGACACAGGCUGUUUGACUCCGGCGAGGAGCAGGUGGAACAGAGCGAAGAGGACAAAACGGAGGAUGUCCCUCCCCAACCAGCCAGCCAAUCAUACGCUGCCACUGUGGCACUCCCUUCAACCCCACCCUCCGCCACCACUCUCAUGGGUUACUCUGAAGAUGGUGGAGCCCAGAAAGGCGACGUCAUCCCGGAGCAUGAAUUCGCCGAGAGCCCUGUCUGUCUGGAUGAUGAGAAUGAGUUUCCCCCAGUCGGCAACCAGAGUAACUGACCCC